AUGAUUAAAUUAUUUGCAUAGAAGGCGAUCCAAUUACAAUUUUAUCCUCUCUAUGAAUUUAAUCGAUUCGCAGACAAAUUAUAAAAGAAGCAACAAGACAAUCAGAAAUAAGAAUUCAAAAAGGAAUUGGAAUUCUUGGCUAGCAAACCACAAUUUACACUUAUCGAUUUUAGACAAAGAGCACUCGAUGGAUUGCAUAAACUAAAAAAGGGAUUCAAGUAUUAAAUCUCUUCAGGGAAUGAAGAGACUGAAUAACAAUUGACACUAUAGAAAUAAGUCUUAAAUGCCAUGUUUGAUGAGGAAUUGUUGAGUCCAGAUGAUUUGAGUGGAGAUCAAAAAAAAGAAAUAGCUAUGGUUGCAUAGGUGGAAGUACAAUAAGUGAAUUUCGUAUUGAGUCAAUACAGUCAGAUCAGGAACAUGCAUUCAUGGGUAAGAGACAUGAAAGAGAGAGGAGAACCUAUGCCUGAUAACCAAGAAGACAUGAUGUACAGGUACAAGAGAGACAAGCCAAUAAAGAAAUCUUUCAUCAAAUUUGAGAUGAAGAGACAAAAUUUCUCUAUGAAAUAAAGAUUAUAAAAGUUGAAAUGGGGUCCUCGUAAGGAAGUGUGAUAUUUGAUAAGUGUGC